AUGGGUGCGCGCCAGGUCGAAGGCGUCCCCGAGGCCGGCUCGCUCGUCGAGAAGCUGGACGCGCUGAACCGCGUGGCGGCGGUGGCCUCGCGCCUCGGCCGUCAGUGCGUGGCCCCGGCGCUCACGGGCUUCGACCAUGUCUACGCCGACGUCCUGGCCGGCCGCGCCGAUGCGGGCGCGCUCGCCGUCGUCGCCUCCCGCUCCGACGCCGCGCCGCUCGUGCGCAGGCUCGGCGCGGAGGCCGCCCACCGACCAGGCCCGCCGCGCGCUCGAGCAGCGCGCGUGGGGCUCGACCUGCUGGCCAUGACCCGGGAGUUGGGGCAAUGCGAGUAAAUCCCGUAGCUCUCCGGUCUGGUGGCAGCAGAUUCAGGCCCCGUACUCCAAAGCAGUCUCAGCGAUGGCAGGUCAGCGCCGAUCUGCAGAGUCGAUCAUCCAGACAUGUCGUGGCCAGUGAGUUUUCGGUCGAGUUGUGGAGCCAGCCCCAGGAAGAUGUUCAUGCACUACUUGAGCUUGAGUAGCUCAGCGCCAUGGACGGACGGGCUCGAGGACGAGUUCUCGGAAGAUUCCAGCUGCAUCAGCAGCACAAUCAGAUCAGGGAUGCUUGCACCAUUCAGCAGCGAGCAGGGGGUACCCACCACCACCACAACGCCGCCACCACCGAACAGUGGCAGUAUCGGCAGAAAGGCGCGGCGGUUCGGUCCGAAGAGCACGGUGACAUCGCUCGCGCCGGCGUCCAUGGUCGGCGGCUCCGCCCUCGCGCUACACUACGCGAACAUCAUCAUCGUCAUCGAGAAGCUGCUCCGGUACCCGCACCUCGUGGGCGAGGAGGCGCGGGACGAGCUAUACCAGAUGCUGCCGUGGAGCCUGAAGCUAGCGCUGAGGAGGAGCCUGAGAGCCCGCGCGAGGAGCACGGCGAUCUACGACAUGUUCCUGGCGCACGACUGGCGGGAGACACUCCAGAAGAUGACGCUGGCGUGGCUCGCCCCCAUGGCCCACAACACGGUCCGGUGGCAGGCCGAGUGGAGCUUCGAGUUCGAGCAGCAGCAGCAGCGGGUCGUGUCGGAGCGGAGCGUGCUGCUGCUGCAGACGUUGUACUUCACCGACCGGGAGAAGACGGAGGCGACGGUCUGCGAGCUGCUCGUCGGCCUGAACUACAUCUGCCGGUACGAGCGGCAGCAGAACGCUUUGCUCGACUGCCCUAUCAGUCUCGGCUUGGAUGAUUGUGUGGAGUGGCAAGUCCAGUAG